AUCUCCUAUCAACUACAAUGGUGUGUAGUUAAUGUUACCUUGGACAAUGUCAGCCGGUUUAGCUAACAGCCGUAUAUAUCACAGGACCGUUUAAACCUCCCGGCUCCUCGGGGAGAGUUAUUUAUUCCACUUCUAGGAGAAGCGGAUUAAUAAAUCACAUGAUAUCGGGAGAGUGUGAAAGCCAUAACGUCAUGCCUCCCUCCCCUCUGUUGAGGUUCAGUAACUAGCGGCAGUCUGAAGGCUGUUGACUUGAGGCUAGUCUUGGCUAGCUAGCUAGCUACCGAUCACAUUGGUUUAGAAGGCUGACUUCCUGCAUGCCACCCCCACCAUAAGGCUGCAGUAGUAAAGAUGGACGAGGCCUCUCUCACUGUGAACAAUGAGCUGGAUGCUGAGAUGGUCGUGAGCUGGCUAUCAGACCACUGCUAUCAGGUAAGACUGACCUUUACUGCUGUAUCUAUUACACACACACACUGUUGUCGUCAUUGUACUCCUGUGCUCCAGUGUGUGUACCAGCCCCUGGGUGUGGUGCCAGCGGGCCCUGGACCAGGCUUACCCAGCUCAGUUGACUUCACUGUGGGCACACAGCAUGGCAUCACCCUGCAGCUCAACAGCAGCCCCGUCAGCCUGGAACUCUGCACGGUUCAUUACCACUUUUGGGAGCAUGGUAACUACUCUCUGUGGGUCAAGAACCUGAACGACUCCUCAGUGGUCAACUGUUCCAUGAUCACUGACGCAGAAACAGUCAACAGCUACCUGCCCAUCAUGGUGGCCUUUCUGUUGUUCACGGGACUGGCUAUACUGUCUGCUAUUGGAGCUACUGUCAUGGGGCUGGACGCGGUGAAGAAUCUGAUGUUCCGAUUGGGCAACUCCAUGGAAACUGAGAGGCUCAUCAAUUCAGACCUGGGGUUUCCAUGCAGGACGGUGGAGACGGCCACAGACACCAUCCUCCCCACCCCCGCCACCCCCAGCCGGAGGCUCCGAUCCCUGGACACUUUCAGAGGGCUGUCCCUGGUCAUCAUGGUGUUUGUGAACUACGGAGGAGGGAGGUACUGGUUCUUCAGACACGAGAGCUGGAACGGACUCACAGUUGCUGAUUUGGUCUUUCCCUGGUUUGUGUUCAUCAUGGGUACAUCUAUAUCCCUGUCUGUCAGCUCAGCCCUGCGGUGUGGUUUGUCACGUUUCUCUCUGUUCACCAAAGCAGUCUGGAGGAGUGUUCAGCUCUUCCUCAUAGGACUCCUCAUCAUCAACCCCAACUACUGCCAGGGACCACUAUCAUGGGACUCCCUGCGUAUCCCUGGCGUGCUUCAGCGUCUGGCCUUCUCCUAUCUCGUGGUGGUCUCUCUGGACCUCUGUGUGGCCUGGAACAGCCUGGACAACCUUCCUGUGGAUGCUUGGUGGUACUCUGCUCGUGAGUUCCUGCUCUACUGGCCAGCCUGGCUGUGUGUGGUCGUCUUGGAAACCGUGUGGCUCUGUCUCACCUUCCUGCUCCCUGUUCCUGACUGCCCAAGUGGUUAUUUGGGCCCAGGUGGUAUUGGGGACAUGGGCCAGUACCCAAACUGCACUGGGGGAGCAGCUGGAUAUGUAGACCGUUGGCUACUGGGAGUGAACCACAUCUACCAAACACCUUCCUCACGGGUGAUCUACAAAUCUCACCUGCCCUUUGACCCAGAGGGAGUCCUUGGCAGCAUCAACUCUGUCCUCAUGGCUUUCCUGGGACUACAGGCAGGAAAGAUUCUCCUCCACUACAAGGACCAGCAUUCCAGUAUAAUGGCCCGGUUCCUCAUAUGGAGCCUGGUUCUGGGAAUCAUAUCAGCCGUUCUGACCAAAUGUUCACUAAAUGAAGGCUUCAUCCCCAUCAACAAGAAUCUAUGGUCUCUCUCCUACGUGACCACCCUGGCGUGUUUUGCCUUGCUGCUCCUGGUGUUGAUCUACUACACAGUAGAUGUGAAGAGGUGGUGGUCUGGGGCGCCCUUCUACUACCCCGGUAUGAACUCCAUCCUGGUGUACGUGGGCCACGAGGUCCUGGAGGAGUACUUCCCGUUCCGCUGGCGCAUGGCCGACAGCCAAUCCCACGCAGAGCACCUGACCCAGAACCUAUUGGCCACUUCCUGCUGGGUCCUCAUCUCCUUCCUGCUGUACAGGAAGAACAUCUUCUGGAAGAUCUAGAGGGCCAGGACACGUUUCAAAUAGUCUUUCUUCAAGUCCUCUAAAGAUUUAGGGGGAAGGUCUGAAGGGGCCGGGCUGCGUCUGAGAGUAUUUUCUCAGGUCUUUCUGAAGGAUCUACUCUCCUCAAUUCCUUGUGUCCUUUAACCAACGAUCCACUGGGAGAUGUCGAGCUGGGCCGUAUCUCAAUAGUCUCCUCAAUUCCUUGUGUCCUUUAACCAACGAUCCACUGGGAGAUGUCGAGCUGGGCCGUAUCUCAAGUCUCCUCAAUUCCUUGUGUCCUUUAACCAACGAUCCACUGGGAGAUGUCGAGCAGGGCCGUAUCUCAAUAGUCUCCUCAAUUCCUUAUGUCCUUUAACCAACGAUCCACUGGGAGAUGUCGAGCUGGGCCGUAUCUCAAUAGUCUCCUCAAUUCCUUGUGUCCUUUUACCAACGAUCCACUCACUGGGAGAUGUCGAGCUGGGCCGUAUCUCAAUAGUCUCCUCAAUUCCUUGUGUCCUUUAACCAACGAUCCACUGGGAGAUGUCGAGCUGGGCCGUAUCUCAAUAGUCUCCUCAAUUCCUUGUCCUUUUACCAACGAUCCACUCACUGGGAGAUGUCAAGCUGGGCCGUAUCUCAAUAGUCUCCUCAAUUCCUUGUGUCUUUGAAGAUCUUUUGUCUGGGUUGCAUUUCACUUGUCUUUCAUCAAUUCCUUGUGUCCUUUCUCCAGCUUCCUUUUUAAAAAGGGAAUAGUGUAUUGCGUUUCCUCUCCUUGUUUCCUUUCCUCGUGUGCUCUCCUUGCUUGACGCUGAUGUUUUUGAGAAGGGAACAUAAUCACUCAGGAAAAGGCUGGUCUGGGAUUGUAUACAAGACACACGGAAACUCUAGAAACCACGAUUACCAUUUUUCUGCUCAUCAAAUCAAAUGUUAUUAGUCCCAUGCGCCGAAUACAAUAGGCGUGGACCUUACCGUGAAAUGCCGAAUACAACAGGCGUGGACCUUACCGUGAAAUGUUUACUUACAAGCCCGUAACCAAAAAUACAGUUUAAGAAAGUAGAGUUGGUGGAAACGAUGCUACAGGCUCUGGUCUACGCUACACUGUAACUACGGACACACAGGUCAGAGGUCACUGGGAUGUGUGUGACAUACAUGUGGGAUCAAACUGGACAUCACAAAAAAAAAUGGAGUGUACAGCCAAACCGGUAUGGAAUAGUGUACCCAUGGAUAAUACAAAUGUGUUGCUUCUCGUUUGUGCAUGUACGAGCACCUGCUUUCUUGGGACUGAAACAACCAAUGGCAGACAGUUGAAAUAACUUGUGCUAAUUAAUGACAUUUGUCUUUUUGUAUUUUCAUUGCCAAAGUCAUCGAGGAAAUGAAUGACGGCUGAACCAACCCGCCAACCUAACUGUAUGUGUACAUUUCAUGGGUCACUCCACAAAUUCAGUGCCUUUUUCAGAAGUGUAAAAAAAAGAAGAAAAAAAAGUUUGAUUUCACCUCAUUUUAAUAUUCUGUCAUAAAGAGCACAUAUUCAACUUCAUCACAUGUUUUCCCAUCUCGAGUACUACAGUAGGUGCCUAUUCAAUGCCAACUAAAGUAACAGGGUUGAUGAUCUCAUCUGUAAAUCUGCCGUAGAUCCCAUUUGUGACGGGAGAAGGAAAGCUUGUGUGCAACAGGGAGUGGCAAUUUUAAAUGCAAGAAUCACCCCAAAAAAUGUUUAAUUGUUAAAACAUUUCUAGCCUGUCUUGUCUAUGGGUAACAGGGUUGACUUGUGAUGCUCGACACGCUCAGUUUUCCACCACAAAACGCCAGAAAAUGGCCACAAAAACUAAAACCAGCUCACCUGAUUUUUCAUGAUUUGACUAUUAGAUGUUCAAUGUUCUCUUUUUGAAAGAAAUAAUAAUAAUAAUAAUAAUAAUAAUAAUAAAAUAAUAAUUUUUCCCUAUUAAAAUGAGACUUCAGUUCACGUAAGAGGGGUUGACUUUAAAAUGAGGGACAGUUCAUUUUAAUCCCUAAAUAAUCUUUAGAAAAUGACUUUUUUUUUGUCAAAAAAACUAAAAUAACUAGGGCUUUACAAUGAUGGUGAAAACUUGGGAGACAUUUUUUGGGGGGUUUUAAGACGGUUUAAAUCUUCCUAGAAGAAGUCGCAGUGGGUGCAAAGGGGGGGGGGUCAAAAUGCAGAAUUGUCACUUUAAAAGGCUUUAUUCAUGUGGAAAAAAAAGUGUAAUAUUGUAGAAAUAACUCAACAGCUGUCAAAAUCAGAAGGUGGGGGGCAGGGCAUUUAGUUUGUUUUACCCCCCAAAAAAUCAGAUUGAUUUGAAUUUUCCAUGUGGUUUAUAUUAAAAGGGAGCUUCAUUUAAUAUUACAGGCUUUCUUUUCUUUUUUCUACUUAAAAUAUAAAAGGGAUGCAAAAGGACCUUAUUUCGUGGAAUGACCCUCCCAUAUGAACAUACAAGCAUUGUGUCAAAAACUCUACAGAAAAAAAAAAAACAAGUUUAAGUCCCAAAUAGCACCUUAUUCUCUAUUUAUAGUGCACUACUUUUAACCAGAGCCAUAUGGGUCCCGGUCAGAAAGGAGUGCACUACAAAAGGG